CGAACACACUUCUCUGUCCUCAGCGUCCUAAUGUCAGCUGUUGCAACAGCUGACGAGUGAGUUGUGGUCGUGUGCCUGGCCGGCCUGAGUAUUCGGUCAGGUUUCUCACCUGGCACUCGAAGACACAUCGUAUACAAGAAACACAAUGUGGGUAUUUGGUUAUGGGUCGCUUAUGUGGAAAGUAGACUUUCCAUACGAGAAGAGGCUCGUUGGGUAUGUUCAAGGCUACGUCCGUAGAUUUUGGCAGGCAAGCGAAGACCAUAGAGGAGUGCCAGGAAACCCAGGGCGUGUCGUCACGCUGAUACCAUCAACCGAUCCAGACGCAUGUGUAUGGGGUGUGGCAUAUGAAAUCCACUCUGAUCAGAAAGUCAGAGUAUUGGAACAUCUCGAUUACAGGGAGAAAGAUGGUUAUGACAAGGUAGAGGUUGUCUUUCAUCCUCAAGACACUACAGUCGCACCGUUCAAACUUACUAUAUAUGUGGCUCAUCAGGACAAUCCGUUUUUUGUGGGACCGGCAAGUGAAAAAGAAAUUGCCAGCCAAAUUCACAGUGCCGAAGGCCCCAGCGGUUCCAACAGGGAGUAUGUACUCAAACUGGCAGAAGCAAUGCGGACUUUGGUGCCACACGUUAAGGAUCAACACCUUUUUGAUAUUGAACAUGAACUUUUGAUGUUAGAUAGAAGAGGUGCACAGCCACAUGAAGCCAGCAGAAAAUCUAGUUUGGCAUGACAUUGAUGUAUACUUCGGAGCAGCAGACUUUGAAGUACAUAGCUAUAUCUGUUUUGGAGCAUAUGGUGAAAUGACAUACACAUUUAUAAAAUUACUUUUGGUUUGUAAUCCCCAUAUGGCUGAAAGAAUCACAGUAACAGUGAAAAUUACACAAAGAAAAUAUAAAGUUCAUCUCCCUGUACAAACCAAUGUUAUAUUCUUGCUCUAUUGGGAAGGAAUUGCACAUUUCACAUUGCCUUUAUUGUUCACUACCUUAUGUGUGGACAAAAUGUGUCUCGUAAUAAUAAUAAUAUAUAUAAAACAGAAAUCUGUGCAGUCAGUUCACCUGAUGGAAAAGCAAAGGCAUGAGGGUGUCAGGAUAGUACCUUCACCAUCCACACCUUAACUACAGGACAAUCCGUACCAUCACUUUGCAACACGGGAUCCUUCAUGAGUGGUGGAGGAGGAGGAGGAGGUGGUGGUGCUGGUGGCACAGGGGGAAGUAAAAGUCUAGAGUCGUUAUUGUCACCAUGGCAGCAUUUUGAGUCGUUUGAUGCUUGUGCUUGACCUCUGUUCUCUGCUGUAUGUGUGCUGCUGCCGAACAAAAGCUUGCAAGAGGGCGCCACCGUUUCGAGCACCUCGCUGAUCUGUGAAAGAAAUUGAAAGAAUUACAUAAAAGAUGGCAACAUGUGAACUGAA